GUGACCGUGAAACUGUCGUGCCCCGUCCUUGACUGUCACGGGCCCACGUGAGUGCGUGAAGCCGCUCUCAUAGGAAACGCGGCCGGCUGUUGCGACCCUCCGGUUCCGUGUCCGGUAAUGAUGUCCGGUAAAUCGUUGUUGCUGCUACAGCGCAGCCUCGCGGGGGCAAAACGGCUCCCAGCGUGUUUCAGAAGCGGCGGCGGCGUGCCGCCGGUCCGAACCCUGGCGUCCCGGGCCGUGUGUCUGCGGGCGCUGCGCCCGCUUCUGCCCGCCGGGACGCGCUGGCAGCCCCGCUUCUUCUCCAACAAGGGAGGGGACCAGGAGGCGUACCCGCCGCUGCCGGCCUAUGACCAGCAGGAGAGCAGGGAGGUGUUCAUCGUGCAGGUGAGAGGCCUGCCCUGGUCCUGCACGGUCCACGAACUCCUGCACUUCUUCUCAGACUGCAGGAUCCGCGACGGGGAGAGGGGCGUCCACCUGACCUUGGACCGGCUGGGGAGGCCGUCGGGCCGGGCCUUCAUCGAGAUGGAGCACGAGGAGGACGUGAGCAAAGCUCUGGAGAAGCACCGGCAGUACCUGGGUCCGCGGUACGUGGAAGUGUCCGAGGUGACCAACAGCGACGCCGAGACCAUCCUGCAGCAUGUGGCCCCGCCCGCCGCCGAGGACGGCGUGGUCAUGCUCAGAGGACUCCCCUUCUCCUGCACCCAGGACGACAUCCUCCUCUUCUUCUCAGGGCUGGACGUCGUGGAGAACGGGAUCACCAUGGUGACGGACGGCAGAGGAAGGAACUCGGGCGAAGCCUUCGUGCAGUUUACGAGUCAGGAAGUGGCGGGAAAAGCUUUGCAGAAACACAGAGAGCUGAUGGGACACAGAUACGUGGAAGUGUUUCCCAGCAGAAGCAGUGAGAUCCGCUCCACCUGGAAGAGGAGGAGUUCACUUCCCCCUCAGAGCGCCUCCCCACCCGCCGGCAGGCCGGCGUCUGCGCCGCACAGAGCCGUUUCUCCUCAGAGCUCGGAGGCCAACAGCCACUUCAUCCACAUGAGAGGGCUGCCCUUCCAGGCUUCAGGGGAGGACAUCGUCAAGUUCUUCUCUCCGUACGUCGUGUCAAAGAUCAUGAUUGAGUGCAGGCCGGACGGUCGGACGAGCGGCGAGGCCGACGUUUACUUCAGCUGCCACAGGGACGCCGUGGCGGCCAUGUCCAGGGACCGCACCAACAUGGGUCAUCGGUACAUCGAGUUAUUCCUGAACUCUGCACCCGACUCGGACCAAUGCUGACAAACUGCACAAAACUACAGACAAACAUCCCAUCGUCCCCUCCAUUAUUUUACCUCUGUUAGAAAUGUUCCAACAUGCAGAACAUGCAAAGAACAUGUGCAGGACAUGUACGGACUGUCCUCUUAACAGUAAAAUGAAAUCACACCAAGCUGAGGUCUGUAUUUGAAUCCCUCUGCAGUUCCAAAGGAGGACACUAGGCGGCGAAAGUGGACAUUUCACUUCAGAGAAGGCCCUAAAGAAGAAGAAACUCGCUAAUGUUAGCAUUAGCAUGCUACAUUUUAAAGGAGAAGUUUGUGAUUUACGGUAUGUUACAUCGAUAUUUCAUUAAAGAAAACUAAAAUAUUUAUUGA